UCAGAGCUGAAGCUGUGCUGCCUGCUGCUCCGGUAGUGGGUACGUGUAAUUUCAGGGGAAAAUGGCAGAUAGAAAAAAUAAUAAUGUUCCUAAUACUAGUUCAAAUUUGCUAUUCAGCGCCGCUCCGGAGUUUAACUUCAGUCUGCCGUUCAUGCCAGUGAGUCAGGCCACCGGGCCGGCUCUGCUGUCAGGAGAAGAUUCUAAUGAUGUUGGAGAAGAAGACAGUUUCCUCGGCCAGACCUCAGGGAAUGGACCGGCUGCUUCUACCUUUAACUACUUCUCGAGUCCGGUGACCAGCAGUGACCCGUUCGCAUCCAUCGGUCAGUCUCCAUGUCCGCCACCGGCGCUGUCGGCAGCACCGCCAUCGAUGGGCCCGGUUUCUGUUCCCAGCAGCGUCAGCAUGGCUCCGCCCCCCAGCGCACACAUGCAGGCUCCAGCCUUUGGAGGGGCAGUUUACCAGAGCCCUAUGGGACGCCAAACUCCUCCCCCCAACACGAUGACUCCGCCUCCUCCUCAGAUGCAGCCGCAGAGUCAUAACCCGUAUCGACACACCGCCACCAGCAGCAGAGCCAGUCCGUACAUACCGGCUCCGGAAGUCCUGCCGCCGAACCAUACACCUCCACAGAUUCCGUACUCGUACAGCUCGCCACCGCAGGCGUUCCCGAUGUCAGGACCAGCAUUCACAAAGCCUCCUCCUACACAGAUGCAGACGCCUCCUCCUCCUCCUCCUUCAUCUUCAACCGCCGGCGCCAUCGUCCCCGCCGGUCCCAUGAUGCCCUUCAACUACAACAUCUACGAAGCUGUUCAGCCUCACUGGUUUUACUGCAAACAGGUGGAGUCCAAGAGUGUCUGGCUUCCGUUCAGCAUUAUCGACUCCCUUCAGCUCGAGGAGACGUAUAACUCAGUUCAACCCGACCCAGAGAAUGUGAUCGUGCGAACAGACGGUGGCCGUUACGACGUGCAGCUCUACGACCGCCAGAGGACUGCGGUGUUCUGGGAGGAGGAGCCAACCGAAGUCCGCCGCUGCACGUGGUUCUACAAAGGGGACAACGACAGUCGCUUUAUUCCGUACUCUGAGGAAUUCAGUGACAAGCUGGAGGCAGAAUAUAAGCGAGCUGUGUCCACAAACCAGUGGCAUCGCAGACUGGAGUUCCCAUCAGGAGAAACCAUCGUCAUGCACAACCCAAAGGUGAUCGUCCAGUUCCAGCCCUCGUCCAUCCCAGAUGAGUGGGGCACCACUCAGGACGGACAGACCAGGCCCCGGGUCGUCAAAAGAGGGAUUGAUGAUGACCACGAUGAAGUGCCCGAUGGUGAACUCCCUAAGGUGGAUCAUCUGGUGUUCAUGGUUCAUGGAAUCGGUCCCGUCUGUGACCUGAGGUUCAGGAGUAUGGUCGAGUGUGUGGAUGACUUCCGUAAUGUGUCGCUGAAGCUGCUACAGAGUCACUUUAAGAAACCGCUGGAUGAUCACGCCAUCAGUCGGGUGGAGUUCCUGCCUGUUCAGUGGCACACGGCUCUUCAUGGAGACGCCACCGGAGUCGACAGGAGGAUAAAGAAGAUCACGUUGCCAAGCACUGGACGCCUACGUCACUUCACAAAUGAGACUUUGUUAGACGUGCUUUUCUAUAACAGCCCCACCUACUGCCAGACCAUCAUGGACACAGUCGCCAUGGAGAUUAACAGACUCUACGCUCUGUUCAUGAAGCGGAACCCGGAGUACACGGGGGGGAUGUCGGUGGCCGGACACAGUUUAGGUUCCUUGAUUCUUUUCGAUCUUUUGUCAAAUCAGAAGAACGGUUCUCCGUCUCUGUCUCCGUCAGUGUUUCCCAACGCCGGUGGAGAUGCCAAACAGGCGGCACCUCCUCCUGCUCCUCCUCCGGUCAGUAACGCUGUCACACCUCCGGCUGUAGAGGAGGAGCCUAAAGAAAACGGGGAACAGUUUGAGGACCUCUCUGCUGUUCUGGAACAUCUGGGCCUGUCUGAAUACAAGAGCACGUUGGACGAUGAGAAGAUCGACAUUGAGUCUUUUCUUCUGUGCACAAUCGAGGACCUGAAAGAGAUGGGAAUCCCACUGGGUCCAAGGAAGAAGAUCGCUAAAUUUGUGAAGGAGAGACUGAGCAAACAGGCAGCUGAGGAGAAGAAAGUGGAGGUGAAAGAAGAAUCCAGUCCAGCUGUUCCUCCUCCUCAACCUGCAGAGGCUCCUGAUCUGUCAGCGAAGAACCUCCCUGUCGCCAACACCAUCUCCUCCAUCCACGUCGACUACAACUACUUCGCAGUAGGAACUGGACAGGUGUCAGUGGUCUACCACUCUCUGGACUUUGAGCCUAUGAAUUUCUUCGCGUUGGGUUCUCCGAUCGGCAUGUUCCUGACGGUUCGAGGCCUGGAGAAGAUUGAAGAGACGUACCAACUGCCCACGUGCAAAGGGUUCUUCAACAUUUACCAUCCGUUGGACCCUGUGGCGUACCGGAUCGAGCCCAUGAUAAUACCAGACCUGGACCUGAAGCCUGUGUUGAUCCCACAUCACAAAGGAAGGAAGAGGCUUCAUCUGGAGCUGAAGGAGAGUCUGUCCAGGAUGGGUUCGGACCUGAAACAGGGCUUCAUCAGCUCCUUGAGAACCGCCUGGCAGACGCUCAACGAGUUUGCACGCGCUCACACGUCGUCUGCGCAGCUUCAGGCCGAGCUGGCCAUCGUAGCCAAUCAGAUCGAAGAGCAGGAGAAGCACGCGCAGGAGGUGUCAGAACAUAAAAUGACCGAGAGUCCAGAGCCUCUGAAAGAAGACGAACCUCAGGUGAAGAUCGGAAUGUUGAACGGAGGAAACCGCAUCGACUACGUCCUCCAGGAGAAACCCAUCGAGAGCUUCAACGAGUACCUGUUCGCCCUGCAGAGCCACCUGUGCUACUGGCAAUCUGAAGACACCGCUCUCCUUAUUCUGAAAGAGAUCUACCGGACCAUGAGCAUCCAUCCAGAGCAGAUUGCGCAUUAAUCCGGUUUAAAGAAGAAACCUUCCAUUCUACUCUCCUCAAGUAGAUGAUCCUUUUAUUUUUUUUUUCUUAUUUUCUAUUCAUGUAGUUUAUUGUACACAGAAAUAAUACAGGUGUAUUAUGCCAUUUGUCUUAAAUUAAGAAUAAUAUGAGUGAACUGGCAGAUUCAGAGACACUUGAUGAGUUUGGUAUCACAUUUUUACAGUAUAAAUUAUGGGACAGUGGAGUUUACUGAAUAUAAUCCAAACCCUAAGAUAGAAGAGAUGACAUGACAGCAGUUAAUGCAGCCUUCUGUUUAUUUCAUGGCCGUAACUCAAAAUAAACCAUUUCCUUUGCACAUGUUUGUAUGAACUGUUGUUUGGCUGAGAAUAUGAGGAAGACAUGGAACAUUUCUCCUAUGUAACGAGGAGACUAUCUACAAAAAGCUGAAAUCUUUGCAAAAACACUGAGUAAAAAUAAUUACAGUACAAGAUGAGAUGCAAGAGUUCGUUUUUUUUGAAAGAGAAAAUAAAGCAUUUGUUGCUGCUGUAAAUAAAGCUGACGUCUGUACUCAUUAACACGUGUAACUUCAGCCUUUCUCAUUAUGAGAAGGAAUCGAAUGAAUUAAGCCUCCAGCUGUCGACGCAGCCUCAAACAUCUGCAAACAAUCCACAGUGAGCGCGUAGGCACGUACAACAGACGGAUUCAACCCACAUGUAUGAAACAGGAAUCAUUAGGAGUAUUUACAACAUUCACUUCAGUCCAGUAUUAAGGGUCGUAGUGCAGUGAGCGAGUCCCACCGGGUAGAAAUGACAGACUUCUGUUACCGUGACGAUAAUAUUGGUCCACGCAGACCUGAUAUAGUUGUGCUGCAUGCGAUGCGUAGGUUUACUGGAAUUAACAUGCUUCUGUUCAUCUGCAGAGAUAGUGACUGAUUGUCACAUAAAGGUCCCUUUUUCUUUUUCCAUGUAACUAAAUCUACCAGCCUAUAAAUAUUAGACCAACUCAACAAUAUGGCUCUGUUCACAACAGCGAAUGUACCGGACAAAAAGACCAUAACAGCAGAAUUCUAUCUGACCGGUUUUCAGAUGGGAUGUUUAACUUUUGGAGAAAGUGCAACUUCUUAUUCUUCCUUCUGUUAAAAUUAAAUGUAUGUUUGUCCCUGUUGGAUACGUUUUGGAAUGCACGUCGUCUCAGAGGUCACGUCAAGCGAUAACAGGUAGGUAAGCAGCAGAAAGGCGUAAAAAAGGAACAAUUCAGGCGCCACAUUUGAAGCAGGUGGAAUGACUUAAUGACAGGUUCAUGUUUCUGAACUGACAUAACGAUCCGAAAACAAACGUCUGUGUCCAAAUCCAACAGAUAUACAGCUUCGGUAAAA